CUUCUUCCGCCCACGACACUCACACCCACACCCACUCCCCCACCCUAUCUCUCUCCAACUCUCUCUCUCUCUCUCUUCCACUCUCCCGUUCAUUCACAUACUCAACUGCCAUCCUCUCUUAGUCUCAGUAAACGACAAUAACAGAUAAACCAAGAGUGCUCGCCUCUCCAAUGCAGCGCAGCACUCUUCCGCGGAGGAAUGGAAAUGAAAUAUUUAAUUCGAGAAAACUAAAAAAAAAUGCGUUCAAGUUCAGACCCUAGCCUCUGGAUCUUAAGAGUUUUUUCGCUUAUAUCUUUUGGUGUUUUGAACGCAUUUUCCUCCUCUCCCUUACAAAUAGAAAAGAAAAGAAAACUACUAUGAGGCACACAAGUACCCAGCCAAGACUACUGCGACAAGAACACCCGGACAAACAGCCAUCCCUCGCCUCACUCCCUCUCUCUGAUAAUACCUCUCGUGAUGUCGAACACGAUGCUGAGGUGCCAACAUCUGCAAGCGCUCGUCGGUUUGAUGCCCUUCCUGAGAGGCGCACUCGACCGAACAAUACUGCGUCCUUUUUAGAAAGACGGAAAUAAGUCGAUUAGGAGGAAAGUUCACGUAUCGAAUGAAUGAAGUAGGCAAACCAUUAGCAUUUUCCUUUCUUUACCCCUGGAUAAUGAUCGGUGAGUCGAACAUCCUUCGGCAUUUGCAUCUGUGCUGCCUGAAGCGUCCACACCGACGCGUUCAGAUUCACAUCCACCGGUGUCUCGAUCGGGAAGGUGAUCCUGAACUCGAAAUCAGCACCCUGCUUCAACACGCCUUCCAGAACAUACCACCGAUCAUAAUCAGAACCUGUCGCGUCUUCAUCCGUGUACGUGUCAUCCUGCUGCUGCGUUUCUGGCGAAUCUCCUCUCUCUCCGAUUGGCUCGUUCGUCAAGAUGCUGUGCGGUGCAGCCAAUUUCUUCC